AUGGUGGCCGGACGGCCGCAUCUGAGCGGCAUUAUGUGCCUUCAGUGUGAGUUCCGUCUGUUCCAUACGACAACGCAACGACGCCUUCCACGUUUUGUUGCGCCGACGGUAUUCGUCCAUGGACAGAGACCGGUGAUAACGUGGAACCGGCGUCCUGAAGUACCGGCAAACCAUCUUCCGCGAAAUGCGCCGGCCUACUUCCACAGCGGGCGCGAAUUGUACCAAAGCCAACAGCACUCCGACGCCGACAUUCCCCUAACGAACGGCAAUAUUGCCGACGAGCCACUCGACGAGCAGAUCACAGACGCUGAUGCGGAGCAGAUAUGGAACUCUUUGCUUGAGGAAGAGGGCGAGCCGACCGAGACGGAGGUGUUCAGCUACAUUGACGAGCUGCGACCGGCCGACGAGACGAUCCUUUCUGAGAGCGCCUUUAGCAAAAGCGCCCGCGAGCUGGCCGAGGGCUUCACCGUUGCCCAACUGCUGGCCUACAUCCGAAAGUACCGCAAGCCGACCACCCAGCCGACCGUAUAUCCGUGGGAGGUGCGGCGGCGGCCAUGGGUGCCCGAUGUCUACGGCGACGAGGCGGUUGUCGACAGCAAGAUCAAGGCGAUCGGGCCCGGCUCGAGCCUCUUGCUCAAGGGCUACAUCCAGACAUCUAUGACCAACAAGGAGCGCGUGGUCGUGCAGCUGAUGCGCGAGUGCUGGGGCGUGUCGAAGCGCGAGGUGAUGGAGGCGCCUGGCCGGCUCGAUGUGACUGUGCAGGAGCUCGAGUUCGCACUGCUGACAGCCGGUGCCCAGACGUGGCUGCGUGACAUCUCGACGGCAUACUCGACCAUCACCACAACCACGGCCACGACCAGCCGCAGCAGCAGCCGCUCGCACAGCCGCAGUCAAACGCGCCACCACCGGCAUAUAGAGCUCCUACCCGGCCGCCAAAAACUGCGCAUCUUUGCGCCUGCAUCCACAGCCGACGCCAUCCUCGCCGAGAUCCACGGGAUGCUGUGCCAGGCCACGACCAAGCGCUUCCCGCUGGCGGACGUGGCACGGCAGGAUGCUGUCAUCACGCCUGCCGUCCUGCGGGCGGUCGGAGCGCUCACAGGCAGUUGGGUGCGCCUCCUGCGUAACGAGCAAGCCAAGGAUGACAGCGGCACGAGUUCGUCCGAAGUGCUGGUCAGCUGGGUGGCGGCGGCCGACCGAAACAUCGACCUCGAAGACACGGGUGACUUGGUGUACCGACUGCUGCUGCGUGCCUUUGGGCCGACGAGCCUGCCCGCGGCGCACGCUACAAGUGUGCUCGACUACACGCCGCUGAAACGAUCCAAGGCCCGGUUCCUGGCCGAGACGGAUGAGAGCAGCCGCGAGACGUGGCCGUGGGAGCAGCGCCAGGGCAAAUGGGCGCGACUGAUCGAGCCGGCGCCACUGGAUGCGUCCACGGCCCGCCAACGCGCCGCCCAGACGACGACGACACCGAGCGAGGACGCUCUACCCAUGGCCUUCACAGGGCUGACGGCCUCGACCAUUGACAAUCAACCAAACCCGCAGUGGUACCAAGCCAGCCGGACAUCGACCGUGGCUACGUUUGGCCGAGUCCUCCACGCACAGUCGAUGCAUCAUGCAGGGUUGCUGUUCGGUGUGGAAGGCGCCACCUCUGAUGUGGCACCGCCGCUGCCCGACCUGGCGCGCAUUCUCUCACCGACAGUGCCACCGCUGCUUGGCCUCAGCUCUCUGGCAGACAGGGGCCCAGCACCGGCUACGGAGGAAGACACAGCUGCAGCGCCGCCUUCCUUGGCCACGACAUCCACGACAAUCACCUUGCGCUUCUUGCCCGACCCCAAGACGGCACUGGCCGGCCGUGCGCCGCUUCUGGAAGUAUUCCUGGACGCUGUGCCAGGCCAGCAACCCGUCUUCUCCCAGCUGCACGUGGUGACGGCAACCAACACGAGCGACGUGUUGUUCCCUACGCAGCCCGUCGAUGUGCGCAUCACCCAGAAGCAGUUCUUCGCCUUGCCUGGGGCGGACAUGCUGCCCACGGCCGAUGCGGAAAGCAACAACACGGGCCUGGAGCCGCUCGUCCGCUUCCUCGACAAGUCCCAGCUCCAGCUCGAUGGCGGCCAGCCAGGUGCAGCCGUUCUCGCCACGCCUCUCUGUCUCGAGGGACUGCCCCUGCCGGCCGACGUACUCCUCCCUGCUGAUGUGAGCAACACUGGUGGUGCGCAGCAGCACGGGCAGGUGACUGUGGACUACGUGUUUGCUGGCCUGGAGGUGCGCCGGCGGGUUGCCACGGCGUUUGAGGGCUGGACGGCGGCUCUGACGAGCGUCGAAGCUGGGCGUGGCGAUGGACGCUGGACUGAGCUCAACCUGGAGGCAAUUCCAGCCAGCUCCGUCUCCGGCUUACCGUCUGCCGGGGAUGCGUCAUUCGAUGCCAGCAAGGCGAGCUUCCGCCAGGCAGUCGGCCAUAUGGUGCAUGGAGACCGCGUGCAGUGGUUGAUGCGUCACCGGCAGGUUGUAUGA